AUGAAGUGGACUAGGAUACUCCUCUUCCUUGCCAUAAUCUUUGUAUCCAUCUCUUUGGUCAAGGGUGCAGCCAAAGAUUUAGACGACGAAGAUGAUGACGAAGAGCUACAGGUCAAAGGAGAUGGCAAAGUGCCGAAAGCAAUCCCAAUUUCGUCUUCAGGAAUGGGCAUUACAUGGUCAAACUUGAAUCCAUUGGAUUUUGUGGGUGAAGCUUUUGUGCUAGUGUUUUUCGCUGGAAUGUUUUGGUUGUAUCGUACUGGCCGAGCUACCAAUAACGAGAUUGCAAAGAACUGGUAUCGAGCUACUGGUCCAGUGUGGGAAAAGAACUUUGCCCAAGUUGGUAACGACAAGGGUCAUAAACUCAUUCGUGACGGUGCAAAGGACUUUAUCUUUUAUGCUACUGGUCGUGUUAAUGUUGAAAUGAUAUAUGCUUUUGUUGAGACAAGUCCACGACACGAUGUCAUGAAAAACAUUGCGCAAUACCUGCCAAACAACACUUUUGACACCAUUGGUAUCAAAUGGACCGAGGAUAAGCUGGUUAUGCGAGCAUACCUGGACGAAACGGCAUCCGAUGACUUUAUACUGGCGAUACUACCAAAGAAGACAUCUGCCACUUUUAUAAAAUCACGAUACGAUCUAAAAACAUUCACAAAGGAACUCAAAGAACCAGCCAUAAAAAAUUUCCCAUUUAGACACUAUACUCUAGCUUCAGAUUGUCCCGAGUUUGCAGGAAUUUUGACUCAAGAUGGUCACCUACAGAAAGUCUUGUAUGCUGCCAUGGGUCUGACCGAUGAAGGUGAAGGGACAGCCAAAUCAUCGUUGAUUGAGAGCAUCAUUAUUUCCGAUCAGCCCAAAACAGCACCAGAAAAGCUCAACGACCUUGAAAACACAUCCAAAACCAUCACCUUCACAUUCAAGCUCCCAAAAGGCAUGGAAAUCAAGGACCAAAUCACCAAACACCAGCCCACCUUAAUAAUGAUGACUGAAUGUUUUAUCGAUAUAAUCGACUAUGUUGGCCAGUUUGGUAAACUCUCUAACGACGUUAAUGCUCGAUUGGAGAGAAUCAGGGAAGCAGCUACUGCCGAGUUAGAAAAGAAAAAAUCUAAAGAGGUCAAGGAGGAGCUUGACAAGAAAAAGUUUGAAGAGUUGAAAAAGAGGAAGGAGGCUGCUGAGAAGGCUGGUCCUGAGGCCCUAAAACGUUUUGAGGAGAAGGAACGGAAAACUACUUUGAAGAAGCAGUUGAAGAAGCGUAAAAAGUUGAUUGUUUAA